UCGUCACUUCACCUGCGCUCUCGCCUCGCCUCGCCACCUCGCCUUCAACUCGUGUAGCAUGAUGGUAGCUCCUCGCGUGAACUGUCUGGCGCUACGCAUUAGCACCCUGGCUGCGCCAGGCGGUCGUUCUUUACUGUCACGGCCGGUAUUGUCACGGCUCGUGUCAUCCGCGUGUCGGUGGAUUCACGCUGCUGAGUCCUCUAGAAUAAAGGCACGGAAUCUGCUAGAAAAGAGAGCAGCCUGCUCGUUGCGGCAACGGGGCUCCCAAGUUACUUUGCUGAAAUAGCUCAUUUCGGAAUCUAACCACCUCGACCAGAGUCACAAUCCUGAUGAUAGUAAGGGUUCUGAAUCUCUAGAGUCUAUAAGGACUGGCAACCCCAUCAUUGGCCAGCCUUAUUUUUAGACUUGUCAGAACUAUUCUCUUCUCAGUGUGAGAAUUCUCCUCGGCUUUGCUGCCAGUGAAGCAGCGUCUCGUGGAAACUCUCGUGGAAACUGACAGCGUUAUAUCCAUCCGGCCUGACUAAGGCUGCUUCUGGGGAAACGCCAGUGCGGGAAAUUGCACUGACUGACUCAGAGCGAAUUGCACUGAACUCGGAGUUCGUGACUACUACUUCCACGAAUCAGUCGCCGGCGGUCGUGAUGCGUGCGCUGCAGCAGACCAUGCAAGGACGGCACAUGAUAGUGCAAGGCCGGCGGAAUGGGCGUCAACGCCCCUUGUGCCUUCUCCUUCACUUGCUUCUGAUUGCUGCAUGGUCUGCUGCAGUAGCAUCAGCAGCAGUGGCGGCAGCAGGAGCAGGCUCCCACAAAGAGGAGGCUGCUGAAACCAGUGCAUCUGGUGCGCCUGGUGGGUCUGGUGCGUCUGUCCAGGCGUCUGCUAGCCCUGCAUCAGGAGCCGCCGUUUCCAAGGGUUCAUCACUUAAAUCACCUGACAUCGCACUGUUCAACAAAUCGGCCAGGCUUUCUGGUUCUAGUAUAAGGGAUCAUCAUACCGGCGCAGGACAUUUCUCUAUUACUAAAGGAAAUCAUCAUACCGGCGCAGGGAAGUUGAAGCAACGGCCACGCAGGCUCCCAUGGGGAUUGGCGAGCCAGAUAGGUUCCCUCAGGAAAUGGCCACGUGGAUCCAGUCAAUGUACGUGCUCCACGUCAUCAUCACAACCGUUGCUGCGAUGGCUGCGUCCGCAUAAGACAAGGAGAGGCGAGGAGGGCUGUGGGAAGGGACGGAGGGGCAAGGGGAAGAGGAGCAAGGGGAAGAGGAGCAAGGGGAAGAGGAGCAAGGUGAAGAGGAGCAAGGGGAAGAGAGCAAGGGGAAGAGGAGCAAGGGAAAGAGAAGCAGAUCGAAGAGAGGCAAGGUAGUGACUGGCUUAUUGAAGGCGAAGAAGCGUCUGUGCACCGCGGUGGGAUGUGCAAAUGAUGAAAGUCGGAGGAGGAGGAGAGUAGGGGAAGGCGUGUGAGUAGGGCGUCAGGCAGACCCAAAUCUCCAGCGGAAACUCCACUGAAGCCACCUGCUCAAAUGACGCUGGCCAGAAACCACCUGCUCCAAGAACGCCUGGUCAGAAACCACCUCCUUCAAAAACACCUGGACAAAAACCACCUGCUCCAAUGAUGCCUGGUCAGAAGCCACCUGCUUCAAAAGCACCUGGACAGAAAGCACCUGCUCCAGUAACACCUGGAUCAAGAUCACCUGCGAGUCCAGGUUCAUCUGGAGCACCAGCUGGCCGCCACGUCAGCAUGAAAUCGCAGCAAGGCUCACUGCAAACACCAGCAUCAGGCGACUCAUCUAUGGAACCAUCAGCUGGUGCUGCUGGCUCUGCUGGUUUCCCCAGCACAGCAGCAGCAUCUCCCUCUCCUCCCCGGCUGCAGCGCAGCAGCCCAAGCCGAAGUACUUCUACGAGAUGGGCAAGAUCCGGGUGUCAGGCAUCCACACUGCUCUGACUCACUAUAAGACGAUCCUUUAUAUAGAUCGCACGGACGUCAGCAACACUUAUGCCAAGCUGCCAAACGGAAGAACGGCAUAUGCGGAGGAGUACAGCUUCGAAUCGAGGUCCCUCAGGGCUCUUGACGUCAAGUCCAAUGUCUUCUGCUCUGCAGGUGCCAUCGACCAAUACGGUCGGCUCAUCAGCAUCGGCGGCACGUCAGACGCCAACGCCACCAACCUGGCCGACCCUCUCCUCGACGGGGCUGCCUCCAUCCGCUCCUUCACUCCCUGCCCCCCUGCUGCUGCUGCUGCUGCUGCCAAUACUGCUGCCAAAAACAGCAGCAGCAGCAACAAUAGCUGCGAUUUCUCCCUGGUAGGGAAGAUGACCUCCAAGCGCUGGUACCCCACGGCUCAGCUGCUUCCAGACGGGCGGAUAUUCGUCAUUGGAGGCGCCAACGUCUUUGGCAAUGUGGCUAUCAAUUCCUUUCGAGACAACAACCCCACCUACGAAUUUUGGCCGAGGAAGGAAGCAGAAGGCAACUACAAGCUGCGCUUUCUGGAAGAAACUCUGCCCUACAACCUCUACCCAUUUGUGCACCUGCUGCCUUCUGGACACCUGUUCAUAUUUGCGGGGCAGCAGGCAAUUCUCCUCAACUACACCACAAACUCAGUUUAUCGCACGCUUCCCCCUCUGGACGUCUCUCGCUUCGGCCCAACCAACGCCAACAUCUUCCGUUCCUACCCCGUCACUGGCUCGUCCGCCAUGCUACAGCUCUCCUCAGCCGACGGCUACACUCCCAGGAUCCUCAUCUGCGGGGCAGCAGCAGCAAGGCGGACCUGGCUAAUCGGGACAACCGGACGGGGGCGUGUCUUGGGUGUGCUGCCCCUGCCACUGCCACGUGUGGGCUCAUCGCCCCAUGGAUCGGAACCCCAAGUGGACCUAUGAAAUAAUGCCUGUUGCUCGUGUCAUGCCAGAUGCUGUGCUCCUAUUGGACGGCACCGUCCUGAUCUGCAACGGAGGCAGGAGGGGCUUUCAGGGGCUCAAGCAGACGUAUGCUGGUGGGGACGUGAGGAGUCCUGUCAUCUACAGCCCCAACAGCCGUGCUGGAUCACGGUUCUGGCAGGUACCGGAGUCCAGCCGUUAUGCCCGCAUGUACCACUCCUCCGCCCUGUUGCUCUGGGACGGCUCCGUGCUAAUUUCCGGGUCUAAUCCCAACGACCGCCUCACCACGAGGGGAACUUACCCUACUCAAUUUGCUGUUGACCGGUUUGCCCCGCCGUAUCUGCAGUGGGGGUGCCGAGAAACAUCCUGUGGAGGCUGCCCUCCACAAUUGCCUUGAACUCCCUCUUCUCCGUCCGACUCAACACAACUGUGGUCUCUCCCCCGUCGCUCUCUCGCCUUAUCGACCGCUUCCGAGCCGUGCUCGUCCAUCCGGGUUUUUCCACGCACAGCCAACGGAUGGGUAUGCGUAACGUGCUGCUCGAAAUAUCCGCAAUAUGGAUUUCGCCGGAUAAUCAAACUGUUACGGCAUCUAUAAGAGCGCCACCUAAUGGCAGCAUUGCCCCGCCUAGCAUUUACUGGUUGCAUAUAUUGGAUCAAGGUGGCUAUCGCAAUGCUGAUGGUGCAUGGGUGCCUGGAAAGUGGGUGCCGAGUUUAGAAGGUCAACCUAUCAGGCUAACAUAGAUAAUUUUAGGGUUACAGGAACAAUUUAACGAAGCAUCUGAUAUAUUAUCUCCAAAACUAAAUGCAUGUCUAUGUGUAGCUAUAUCUAG